CACAACACAUUGCCGGCAGAUCCAAACUCCGCGAAAGAAGACAAAGCAUAGAGGAAAAGGCCGUCACGGAAACAAGGAGAAAAAGAUGAGAAGAUUCCACGAGAGAAAACCAGACCAGAACUCUUCCACUCUCUCCAUGACUGAAACCGCCUUCUUCAAUCUCUCCGACGAUAUCGUCCUCAACAUAUUGUUGAGGCUCGAAGACGACCCCAGGAACUGGGCAAGACUUGCCUGCGUCUGCACUAAAUUCUCGGCUCUGGUUCGCAACGUCUGUUGGAAGAACAAAUGCUCUCAAACCAUCCCUUCAGUGGUCACAGACCUUCUAUCUGCCUCGCCCGUCCCCUGUGAUCUCCCAGGCUGGUGGACAGCUCUCUAUAAGCUCUCGGUUUGCUGCCCGGGGCUUCUGCAUGCUGGUGUCCUUUUGGAGAAUUCGGACUUCGGCCUCGAGCGUGAGCUCGGCCCCGACGAGAAUUAUCAGGAAAAUGGUUCAGUUUCAGUUCCCACCCUCGAUCCAUCUCUAGCUCCUCCUUUGAGCUGCCCAGAUGAUGCUUCAGUAAGCGCUACCGCCCAUUCUGAUGACUCUUGGUCACUCUUCGAUGAUCUCUAUUGUGAUACCAUCUAUGCUGCAUCUGAAUCACAGGAUGGAUCUGGCUCAGCGGAAGUGGCCGAGAGUGUUGUCGUCAAGGUUGGUCGUGACCUCUCCAUUAGCAAGAAGAGGAAGAAGAAAUGCAGACCAGUCGGAUCUCAUUUAGCGGCUGGGGUUUGGAAUUUGAGUCGGGAGCAAGGAAACAAGCUGUUAGCGAGUCGGUUUAGAGGGGAUUCCCUCUACAUUUGUGAUUGGCCCGGUUGCGUUCACACUGAAGAGAAACGUAAUUACAUGCUUUUCAGAGGAGUCUUCAAGAAUUUCAGGCGGUCUAGGGUUUGGAGGACGAUAAACGACGGGAAUCGGAAUAAGAUUCCAUUAGAUUGCGCGUUUUGCUCUUGUAGGGAGACUUGGGAUCUGCAUUCAGCGUUCUGUUUGAGGCGGGUUUUUGGGUACCAUGACGACGGUGAGCCAGUUGUUCGAGCAUAUGUUUGUGAAAAUGGGCACGUCUCUGGGGCGUGGACUGAUCGACCGAUGUUUACUUAGCAGCGUAAAAUCUUCUUUGACUCGCAGGAAACCACCAAUUGAUGGGUGAACUAUUUGGCUAUAUCCAUCCAAUUGUCUGCUUACAGCCAGUCAGAUGAUUAUUUAGCUGCCUUACUGGAGUUCCUAUCCGUUUAUCUGUCUUUCUGUAGUUGUAUUCAAGUUGUAUGAAUAAAUUCAUCCAUAGAAAAUAUUAUGUUUCUGCACAUGAACUAUUUUUAUCCCAGUAUGCUUUAGAUCGUAUUAUCCAGGAAAACGAGACAGAAGUCCUCAGUCUUCAGAGUAGGAGAUGAUUAGUGACGUGAAAUGUUACUGGCUUAUCAAUUAUGCUAUGAAAGAGUGAAGGCACUAUUUCUAUGUCUGAAACUUCUAUCUUCCAAUUCUGAUACAAAUUGGGCUCUGUUGAAUUUAUCA